GACUGAGGCACGCUUCCUGAUGUACAAAGGAGUUUUGCUGCCCGCUCUUGUACACUCUGCGAAGACUUUGAUGCUGUUUGAAAAGUUCCUUUUUCGGCCAGAUGACAUUCUUAUUGUAACAUAUCCCAAGUCAGGUGAGUCAGUUGUUUAACACUUGUUUUCUGUUUGGGAGAAGGACCAGGGGUGAAAGCGGCUAGAAUGUCUUGCCUGAACUCUCCGACGUGAAGGUGCCACGGAGCCAGAAAUGGUACAACUUGGAUGCAGGAGAUCGUACCCUUGAUCAUGAGCGGAGGAGAUCCUGCCUCAGUGGAGACCAGUCCCAAUUGGGAACGAGUUCCCUGGCUGGAGGUGGAUCAUACUUGGACCCUCAAUAUUGAUGACAAACCGUCACCGCGCAUGUUCGCCACACAUUUCCUUCCUCGUAUGAUGCCGCCGUCUUUUUUCGAAGUUAAACCGAAGGUCAUCUAUGUCAUGAGGGAGCCCAAAGAUGUAUUUACCUCAUCCUUCCAUUACUGUGCGAUGGCCUCUUUUAUGGUCGACCCUGGACCGAAGAGCGAGUUUCUGCAAAAGUUCCUUCAAGGAGAAGUCGUGUAUGGCUCAUGGUUUGAACAUGUGAAAGCCUGGCUGGAUUACAAAGAGGAGAUAUUUCGCAUCUGCUACAAAGAAUUGAUACAGGAUCUUGAAGACUCAGUGGGCAGAAUUGCUCUGUUCCUGGGGAAAUCUCUGGACAACGACGUGAUUGCGAAGAUAGCUGAGCGAUGUCUGUUCAAGAACAUGAAAAAGAACAACAUGUCCAACUACUCGACAGUCCCUAAGGAGAUUAUGGACACCACAAAGUCGGAAUUUCUCAGAAAGGGAGUUGUUGGAGAUUGGAAAAACCAAUUGACGGUAGCAGAAGCUGAAUACUUUAACGAUGUUUAUGCGGAGAAGAUGAAGGAUGUUGAUUAUGAAUUUGCGUGGAAUUUAAAGAAUACUCGCUCCUAAUCCCCAAUAGUGGGGGGCGGGGG